AUGGAUCCAGUUCAAGGACCUCAUCGUUCCGCACUGCCACUGCUGCCUUCCUCUUCCUCUUCCUCCACCUUCCCCUUCUUAGCCAUCACUGCCUUGGGCAUCCUCUUGAUCAGCGCCGUUCUCCUCCUCUCCUACUACGUCUUCGUCGUCGAGUGCUGCCUUGACUUGCCGUCGUCCAACCGCCGCGGUGGCCACCGCAUCCCUCCGGAGGCCUGCGGCCUUGAGCCGGCGAUCAUUCGCUCCAUCCCUGUCGCCAAGUUUGUGAAUUCCGGCCAAUUAGAGCACUGCGCCGUGUGCUUGAGCGAGUUCCGAGAGGAGGAGCGGAUCAAGGUCCUCCCUCGCUGCUCGCAUCACUUCCACAUCGACUGCAUCGACACUUGGCUUCAGUUCAAUCCCAAGUGCCCGUUGUGCAGGUCGGAGGUCUCGUCCAUCUUCCCGUCUGACCACAUCGUGGUUCUUGCUCCUCGCCGAGACGGGAGAGGCCAGGGCGAGGUGACAGAAACAGGUCCGGUGAGGACGAAGGGGAGGAGGCUUGACGGGACGGGGAGCGCGGGGGACGAUUGCAUUGAUGUGAGAGUUGGUGUGGUGGAGUAG